UCAUGGAAAACUACUGCCUACUCACAAAGUAUACAAAAAGAUCCCAAUAGAGCAGACCAAAUGUUAGCGGACCAAACGUCUGCAUUUCAACGUUUGGGAACAAUAGCUCAGAAGAACAAGUGACGUAGAGUCGACGAGCUCAGAUCCAAGUCCAGCGAUAGACGUAAGUGAACCACCAGUCACAGUUCUGCUUGCCGCCCGCGGAGAGGGUUCAAAAGAGAACGGAGCGGUGGACUACGAGAGACGUGACGAGCAGUCGCCAGCUGGUAGCCGGUCUACGUGGAUCGAGCAGUCUUGAGUAGAGUGAGCGUCUCUUUUUCUCCUACGUGCAUACACAGUCGUGCACACGCAAGCUCUUCAAUCGCUCUGAUCCGCGCGAUAAUCGUGUGCUUCUUGACUGGUAUUCGCAGUGAGGAAGAGACGUGAAGAGGAAGCGGUCGCCACCGAUAAUACCACAAUGAGUAACUGUCGUCGUUGAUGAACGAACCAAUAUCGAAACAAUUGUUUCGAUUAAACGACGUUUAAACAAGUUUUCUACAUCACGCUACGCUCUGAUGAGAGCGUGUCUUUGACAGGAUGUCGUCGGUGUUUUCGAAAUUAAUCGACGCGACGUCUACCAAAUACGGUAUCAACAAGAACCAGCUGAUCCGUGGUGUAGUUGGCGUCGUGGGCACGCUUUAUCUCAUUAGGAUCGGUUAUCCGUUCGUAACUUUUGGUAUAAAACAAUACCAAAAGAAGAAGAAAGUAAAUGAAAAUAAUAUUGAAGUGCCGAAGCGGUGUAAAAAUAAUGUCAAUAAUAUUGAAAGUUGCAAAUCGAACCAGAAAGUCGGGAAACCAAGUGUGGGUUUGGACCGGGAGUUCAUUAAACAGCUGAUCGCGCUGCUGAAGAUCAUGGUUCCCGGAUGGAGAACACGCGAAGCCGGAUUAUUGACAUGUGUCACUGUGACGCUUUUAGCUAGGACAUUUUUGUCGAUUUAUGUAGCCACUUUGGAAGGUCAAAUCGUGAAGAGGAUCGUGUUGCGAGAUGUUCGAGGAUUUUCCUUGAUGCUCGCGAGAUGGUUUGCGAUCGCUUUACCCGCGACUUUCGUUAAUUCGGCUAUUCGAUAUUUAGACGGACGAUUGGCUCUUAGCUUUAGAGGACGCCUGGUGGAUCAUGCUUACAAAAUGUAUCUGAGUCAACAAACUUACUAUAGAGUAUCUGCAUUGGAUACUAGACUUGGAGAUGCUGAACAAAGACUGACAGAUGAUUUAUCUGAACUGGCUAGUUCUGUGGCACAUCUGUAUUCCAGCUUAACCAAACCAUUGUUAGAUUGUGCUUUAGUGUGCAUUACGCUUAUUUCAUUUUCUUCCAAGAUAGGAGGGCCAAGAAUACAUGGACCAUUGUUAUCUUGUUCGGUAAUUGCCAUAACUGGACAGAUUCUACGUCUUGCAUCUCCCAAAUUUGGCCAAUUAGUGACUGUAGAAGCAUCGAAACGUGGAACAUUAAGAGAGGCACAUGCUCGCAUCAGUGCACAUGCAGAAGAAAUUGCAUUCUAUGGAGGUCACUAUAGGGAGCAUCGAUACUUGACCACUGCUUAUAAAUCUCUUGUUUCACACUUAAAAAGAGUACUAGUUCUCAAAUUUUGGUAUGUGAUGUUAGAACAACUACUUAUGAAGUAUGUAUGGUCUGGUACUGGACUUUUAGUUAUUGCCAUGCCUCUUCUUUAUACUUCAAUUAAAUCAGGAUCUCCAGUCUUAAGGAAUAAUGCUGAUGAUGGAGUGAGUGAAAGAACUAGAUACUUGACAACUUCUAAAAAUCUUUUGAGUUCUGGUGCUGAUGCCGUAGAAAGGCUCAUGUCAUCUUAUAAAGAAUUAGUAGCAUUAGCAGGAUAUGCAGCACGAGUCAGUGAAAUGUUAAAUGUAUUUAAAGAUGCUGCAUUAUGUAAAUAUAGAAGAAAUAUUGUUAACAGUCCAUUAAAGAUAGCAAAUGGUACACCUAAUUUCGCUAUAAGUGACAUAAUUGAAUUAAAGGAUGGAAUACCAGUGAUAAAAGGAAUUGUGCGUGAAAGUACAGAUGGUAGUAUAAGUUUAAUCGAUGUGCCAAUAGUUACACCAAACUGUGAAGUUAUUGUACCUAGAUUAACUAUUCAUAUAAAACCAGAGGAUCAUAUAUUAAUUACUGGUCCUAAUGGCUGUGGAAAGAGUUCUCUAUUUCGUAUAAUUUCUGGCUUAUGGCCAAUAUAUGGAGGCACGUUAAUAAGACCAGCUGAAAAUUAUUCUGCUAAACAAGGAAGACCUGCCCUAUUUUAUAUCCCCCAAAAACCUUAUAUGACUGUUGGUUGCUUGCGCGAUCAAAUCAUAUAUCCCACAGAAUCACGAACAGAUGUAGGUUCCGACGAAGAACUACUCAAAUUACUAGAAGAAGUUGAUUUACGAAGUCUGGCAGAAAGAGAGCCGGAAGGACUUGAUGCUUUUGCUGACUGGGACUCUACGUUAUCUGGUGGUGAAAAACAGAGACUCGCAGUAACGCGUUUAUUUUAUCACGCGCCGCAGUAUGCGCUGUUAGAUGAAUGCACCAGUGCCGUAAGUCUUGAGGCUGAAAGUGUGAUCUACGAAACUGCCAAAAGAAAAGGCAUAACGCUAUUAACUAUUACGCAUCGUGUGGCUUCCCUCGCAAAGCAUCAUAAAUUACUGUUACGCUUCGACGGAGAAGGUGGUUGGACUUUCGGUCCGUUAGACGCAGAAAGUAUAUCGCAUCUAACAAAUCAAACUUAUGAAGAAACCGAAGAACAUGAAGUGAAAGGAGGCCACUAUCAGAUGUUACAUGAACUCCAUGACAUCCACAAGGAGGAAACGAAAAUUGGAAUUAGUUGAAAAAAACAAAGCAAGACGAAUUAUUUUGUUAUUGCUCUAGUGAAUUUAUGUAGAAAUUUGUGCAAUUGUAAAUAGA